AGCACUUGCACUGGUCAGGCCGGGGGUGCGCAGUUGUGUCGGGCAGGGGAGCAAGUUACUUAGCGCUGUACAACUUCUCGCCACCUCCCUCUGCACUCACACACCCACCUCUCACCCCCGCCCAGUUUGAGUUACCAAAAAAAAGAUCCCCUUCUGGUUUUCAAGCAGAGAAAGAGAGAGGGGAGUGGAGACUAGAGGCGAGGAACUUUGCGGAGAGAAUUAAGUUGAAGCUGCACCUGGGAGUUGUUUGACCAUAAAGGAAAGCUGUCCUGACGUCUCGCCGCUGAUCUUGCGACAUUAGCGAGCAUGUCAUUGGCACAGGGGCAGUGCGCAGUGUCCCAGGCAAGAGAGCGCAAACACGGGCAGAGCACUGACACAGGAGCUGGACGAUAAACUCUCCGGACGCAGAAAAUAACAAGGGAUUGUAUUUAUGGAGUGAACAGGACAUGGAAUUGGAUUUCACUUGUGCUGGUUCCGCUUGAGAGCUGCUUGUGAUUGACUGCUCGCUGCCUGGGGACUAAGAGCCAUCACUUGUGCUGUCAGGAGUACAAGCCACUCACUUGCCACUUGUGCUGUCGCUGCUGUCCUGGCUACACCACACAACUUGAUCGCAUUUCAGACUGAGCUGUCGCAGGCAACUGCACUUGGACUGUACCCGUGUUAGUUAUAACUCUUCACUACCGGACAGCGCGCCAUUUACACGGACUGGACAUUGUCCUUAUCCAUUCUGUAUAGAAAAGGCAACUUCAUCCAACGUUGCGCGGACUUUCUAUCGGAUCGGCCUAUGCGGAGCGCAACGACUGUCCCUGCCCAGACACAAACGCCCGCACAGCGAUAAAGCGACAUCAAGGCAUUUUGAGGGGUGUCUCGAGUGAACUGGGAUGGCUAAACCGCUGGAUCAUGUGAAGAGACCCAUGAACGCCUUUAUGGUGUGGUCCCGAGCCCAAAGGAGGAAAAUGGCCCAAGAGAACCCCAAGAUGCACAACUCUGAGAUCAGCAAGAGACUGGGCGCGGAGUGGAAGUUGCUGACCGAGGCCGAGAAACGACCGUUCAUUGAUGAGGCGAAGAGGCUGCGCGCGAUGCACAUGAAGGAUCACCCAGACUACAAGUACCGGCCUCGCAGGAAACCCAAGACUCUACUCAAAAAGGACAAGUUUGCCUUCCCAAUGCCCUAUAGUUUGACAGGGGACCAUGAUGGACUGAAGGUUGCUGGGCUACACGGAGCAGGGGCCCUCACGGAUUCCUUUCUGUCCAACCCAGAAAAAGCGGCAGCCGCCGCAGCUGCGGCAGCAGCUAGAGUGUUCUUUCCGCCGUCUGCGGCAGCCGCAGCGGCUGCAGCUGCAGCAGCCGCCGGUGGCGCAACUAAUCCUUAUUCUCUGUUUGAUUUUAGCUCUAAGAUGGCAGAGAUCACAUCUUCCUCAUCUAUUCCUUAUACCUCGUCUAUUGGAUACCCUCAGUCAAGUGGGGGCGCCUUUUCUGGGGUCGCAGCCGCAGCUGCAGCAGCCGCUGCUGCUGGUGGGGGUCACACACAUACUCACCCCUCUCCUGGGAACCCUGGUUAUAUGAUCCCAUGUAAUUGUACAGGAUGGCCCAGUCCAGGACUGCAGCCCCCAUUAGCCUAUAUUCUCUUCCCAGGCAUGGGCAAACCUCAACUGGAGCCGUACCCCGCGGCAGCCUAUGCGGCAGCUUUAUGACGGCAUGACAGCCCGACUAAGGGCACUGCUAUUCCAACCGACAGUUGGAACCCAAUGUGGGACCCAUGGACUCAGCCCUAGGACUGGAUCUCCUCUAACUCCCGGCUACAAACACUCCAUUGUCAGUCAUACUGGCUUAUGAUGCUGUGAAAUAGAGUGAAAAGUGUGAUGUGUCGCAGAAGCGACCAGUCGCACGUGGCUUAUGUGGAGUAAUUCUGGAUUCCUUCACUUGGGAGGAACUUGUGUUGUGCUGCUGAUAUUAAGUACUGGGUACGUUUCCUCGUACAAACUGGUUUCUACAAAACAAGAAAAACCACCUAGCACAGAACAUUUCAAAUGGCCCUCGUUGUGCACUUGUUAUAUCCGUGUCGCGACUUUACAGCGUUGGCUGCGACUCUGCUGCCACUUUGCAUGCAAUAGCCGGACACAGAGUCGCAGCGACAGAGAUCUCCCUGCGACUUGUGUGGGAUGAUGUGGGACACUUGUGUGCAACUGCUUGUACACACACACACACAGACUCUAGCACUGGAUGGGAAAUAUUAGUCGCAGCACAGAACUGCGAUUGAAAUGGCACUAAAUGGAAUCAGAGAUACUGCUGAUCUCUACAGAACUUUCUGAGCUCUUGCAGGAAUCCCAUGUUAUUCUGGCAAAGGCUCCUGAGGACACAAUGUAAAUGUGUAGAUGAUUGAGAGAACUUGCUGCUCUUUCCCCCCAAUCUCAGUAAGUCUAAAGCAAAGAAGCUAUUUCAGAGUAAAUCCUAAUAUUAUGUGACACAUAAGGACUGCAGUCUCCUUUCAAGUUUUUAAAGACAAUUUUCCUUAUGUCUAAUAGCUGUAUAUUUAUUAUUUAGAGAAUACCAUAAAUCUUUCCCGCCCCCCCUCCACAGAUUAACCAAACUUGAAAAUUACCUGCUCGAUUUGGGGAAUUUAGUUGCCAUGUGUUUCCCCCACCCCCCCAAAAAAAAAAUCCCAACAAAGCAGGUUAAAUAAUGAUCAUUUAGACUCAUUUCCCCUUUAGUCAAAGUCCAGAUCUUUGUUUACUUUUGUAAUGUGUAUAUUUUGACUAAUAUAUGUGAAUGAAGCCGG